CGCGCCCACCUGCAGUGCAGAGCGGACAAAGAUUCACCCACUCGCUGCUGAGCUCCACGUAGUCAGUUCCUUGACUUCGUGAAUCCUCAUCUCUCGUGUUCGAAAUACGAAAACGAAACAAACGAACGCACCCCCCGACAAACCCCUCAAUACCGCCAAAGUGUCUUCCCCAAUCGUCCUCCCUCGCACCGUCUCAUACGACGCCGGAACAAACCAGCCGGUGCGAGGCGAAACAUACCUGAGAGCAGGAAACAUGACAGACUCAAAGUCGACCAGGAGGCGCAGGUCCAGUAGUAUUCUGCAGAUCUACCAGGAGCCUCAGGAGCCGAUCGAGCAGCUGAGUGACCAAUCAAUAUUGCCAAACUUGAAUGCGCAAUGGGUCAAUUCAAAAGGUGCUUGGACUAUCCACUUCGUCCUCAUCUUGUUGUUGAAGAUCUUCUACGACGUGGUCCCUGGUGUGUCGCAAGAGACUUCCUGGACCUUGACCAAUAUAUCUUACAUGUUCGGUUCAUAUCUCAUGUUCCAUUGGGUUCGUGGCACACCAUUUGAGUUCAAUAGCGGCGCCUACGACAACCUCAACAUGUGGGAACAGAUCGACGACGGUGCUCAAUACACGCCAGCCAAAAAGUUUCUCCUUAGUGUGCCCAUUGUGCUCUUUUUACUCAGCACCCACUACACUCAUUACGAUUUGACUUACUUUACCAUCAACUUUCUGGCUACCCUGAGUGUCGUAAUACCAAAGCUACCUUUCAGCCAUCGUCUGAGAGUGGGUCUCUUGUCCGGCAUUCCAGAGGAGGAUUCUUGAAGGAACGGUCCCAAAAAUAUCCAAAGGUUGGGGGGAAAGAAGUAAUAGAGGCAUGGCCCUGGCGUCUUUGAUCAAGACAUUUGCAUUGGCGUUCGGGUGGUUUUGGGCCUUCCCUGGGCAUAAACAAAAAGGCUACAGUGCCAGAAGAGCAACUGGAAAACAGGCGUUGGCAACUGACUAGUGUGGACGUCCAACCAUGGGCGAGUCGGAUCUUUACUGCGGCUAAGGGGGAAAAACCAAGCACAGCUCAGGAGAGACACAGCGUUGGGCGGAGAAUACUGCUCCGGCUGCCUUUGUUUUUGUCGGCCAUUUUUGUCGACCUGCCUUUUCAGCAAAUCCAGAAUAAUACAUCAAUAUGAACAGCGAAACCGCACAGAUAUCCCCCUCAUGUCCAUGUCCGUGUCAGUGUCCGGUGGUGGGACUUGCAACAUAAACUUCGACUUGUUCCUGGAUCUCAUGCUGCCGCGGUUAGCAUGCCCGCUUUAGUCCCA